CCCCCGGCCCAGGGUGCGAAUCCGCUGCCUGCAGGAGGCUGGCGAUGCAGGGUUCGCGAGCUGGAGCGGCUGCAGCUGGCGCCGCGUCUGCCCCGCGUGCCCGGAGCGGAUUCAGCUCUCGCCGCCCCCGGAACCCUCGGCGCCCUGCUGAACCCGCGGCAGCCUCCUCCUAUUGACCGACUGGCGCUGCAGCUUAAAGCCUGGCAAUGCCGUUUGGGUGUGUGACUCUGGGUGACAAGAAGAACUAUAACCAGCCAUCGGAGGUGACUGACAGAUAUGAUUUGGGACAGGUCAUUAAGACUGAGGAGUUCUGUGAAAUCUUCCGUGCCAAGGACAAGACCACAGGCAAGCUGCACACCUGCAAGAAGUUCCAGAAGCGGGAUGGCCGAAAGGUGCGGAAGGCAGCCAAGAAUGAGAUUGGCAUCCUUAAGAUGGUGAAGCACCCCAAUAUCUUACAGCUGGUGGAUGUGUUUGUAACCCGCAAGGAAUACUUCAUCUUCCUGGAGCUGGCCACGGGGAGGGAGGUGUUUGACUGGAUCCUGGACCAGGGCUACUACUCGGAGCGAGACACGAGCAACGUGGUGCGGCAGGUCCUGGAGGCUGUGGCCUAUUUGCACUCACUCAAGAUCGUACACAGGAAUCUGAAGUUGGAGAACCUGGUUUACUACAACAGGCUGAAGAACUCAAAGAUUGUCAUCAGCGACUUCCAUUUGGCUAAGCUAGAAAAUGGCCUCAUCAAGGAGCCCUGUGGGACCCCCGAGUAUCUGGCCCCAGAGGUGGUAGGACGGCAACGGUAUGGACGGCCUGUGGAUUGCUGGGCUAUUGGUGUCAUCAUGUACAUUCUGCUUUCAGGCAAUCCACCCUUCUAUGAGGAGGUAGAAGAAGAUGAUUAUGAGAACCAUGACAAGAAUCUCUUCCGCAAGAUCCUGGCUGGUGAUUAUGAGUUUGACUCUCCGUACUGGGAUGAUAUUUCUCAGGCAGCCAAAGACCUGGUCACAAGAUUGAUGGAGGUGGAACAGGACCAGCGGAUCACUGCAGAAGAGGCCAUCUCCCAUGAAUGGAUUUCUGGCAAUGCUGCUUCUGAUAAGAACAUCAAGGAUGGUGUCUGUGCUCAGAUUGAAAAGAACUUUGCCAGAGCCAAGUGGAAGAAAGCUGUCCGAGUGACCACCCUCAUGAAACGGCUCCGGGCCCCAGAGCAGUCUGGCACAGCUGCCUCCCAGUCUGCCUCAGCCACAGACACUGUCACCCCUGGGGCCGCAGGUGGGGCCACAGCUGCUAGUGGAGCUGUCCCUGCCUCAGGGGGCAGUGCUGCUACAGCCACAGGGGGAGAUGCUGCAUGUGCUGCCAAGAGUGAUAAUGUGGCUUCUGCAGACCGUAGUUCCACUCCGGCCACAGAUGGCAGCGCCACUCCAGCCACUGAUGGCAGCGUCACCCCCGCCACUGAUGGCAGUGUCACCCCAGCUACUGAUGGCAGCGUUACCCCAGCCACUGACAGGAGUGCUACUCCAGCCACUGAUGGGAGAGCCACACCAGCCAUAGAAGAGAGCACGGUGCCCACCACUCAAAGCAGUGCUGUACUCACUGCCAAGGCAGCUGCCACCCCUGAACCGGCUAUGGCUCAGCCAGACAGCACAGCCCUAGAGGGCAUCACAGGCCAGGUUCCACCCUCUAGUAAAGGGGCAGAGGCUGCUGGCUACGUCCAGGAGUCUCGGAAUGAGACCAGCUGAAUGGGUAGCCUGGAGGUGGUGGUUGGGGGACUGACAGGAGGGUGGGAUAGUUGAUCAGGGGCUUCUCACUGUACAUAGAGUCACUGGCAUGAUGCCCUUGCUCCCCCAAGUCCACCAUCCCAGUGGGGCAUGCCUGGGGGUCACAGGAGAGCAGUCUCAUCUCCUGUGUGUAUGUGUGUGAGUGGUGGGUAGGCCAGAGGCAGGGCCAGCCCCAGCCCCUGCAUGGAUUCCUUGUGGCUUUUCUGUCUUUUGCUAGCUUCUCCAGUUUCUGUUGCUUGUGGGAUGCUGCUCUAGGGACACUCAGGGGGUCCUUGCUCUCCUCCUUCCCUUCCUGCCUCAUCAUGACCCCAGGCAGGUCCUAUAGGUCCCAUAUUUUCCUAAGCCCUUUAUGGAUGGCCUUGCCCUAAAAGCUGGUCUUCCAGUGAGGCCCUGUCAGUGGUCAUAGGCUCCUGAACAUGAAGGUGUGUAUGUGACAUGUGGGCUGCUCUAGGAGUAGAUGUUGGCCAGUAUAGAGAAUGCAGAAAUCUAGGGCAUUAUGUUUUAAAUCAAGACAGGUCACAUGGGUGGGGGCACUGCAUACUAGCUGUGGGGGUGCUCAGAAGUAGGAAGAAUGCAUAGGAGGGUGGAAGCUUCCACAUUUGUUGCUGGGAAGGCCCUCUUAAGACUCUUGUGUUAUUUUCUGCCCUGCAGCGGAUUGCCCUGCACCUUGAACUUCAUGAGCUUUUAAUGGAAAAGAGGAGCAAUUAAGAUGUGGCAAUAACACCUGGGAUAACAGAGUACAACCCCAGUAUCUUCUUGUCUAGCCUUGCUGGGUCCUUACCCUGGGCCAAACAGGGAGGGCUGGGUGAUAUCCCCAUGCUCUUCCUUGAUAGCCAUCCUGCAGAGGCUCGACCCUUAAGUCCUCUCCAUCCUUAGGAGGCUUGCCGCAAAGUGGGUUUGCCCUUCACUGGGGCAGAUUGUCUGCCCUCAGUUUCCCAACAUGGAGAAGAUGAUCCUCCUCUGCUUACUUUGAUCAGAGGUCUGGGUGCCUCUGAACCAUGUUAAGUUGCUUUUGCUAAGAUGAGGAAGUAGAAUAAGACUCCAGUUCCCUGAGGAGGCUCCAAAGAGGUGCCCUUUGUCAGACCAUACCACAGUCUGGACAGGCAGCCACACUGUUCCUCGCCCUCGCUCGGCACUCUGGUGGUCCUGCCCUUCUCCAUGCAUGCCUAUAGGUCUGCUCUGGUAUGUGAAGGUUGGUGGGCUGACUGUGUGCCUGCUGAAUCUGGCAAAUAAAUGUCACCCUGCAAAGCC